UCCAAAAUAACACACUCAUCAUUUCUGCAUUUCUAAUCAGAGGAGUCCAAUCUACAGUCCAUAUUUCAUCCUCUCAUGGCAUUGUCAAAUUUCCUCUUCUCUUCUUCUUCUUCUUCUUCUUCUUCCUUAACUAUCAGUCGAUCGAGGAUUUUCUAUUCGCAUUUUGAUUCUCAGGUCUCUCCUCAUUGCUCGAUGCCUAAUGCUUUAUCUGCUACUCGCCACAGGUUCUCCAAUUAUGGGAUCAGUUUCUCCAUAAAAAGAAAUGUUGUGUAUGCUUCCACUAACGGAACAAAUGCAGUGCCUUCAACUUCACUGGAACCUGAACAAGAUUCAGAUUACAUUCCAAUGCCCAUAGUUUUGAUUGAUCAGGAUUCAGAUUCUGAAGCAACAAUUGUGCAGAUCAGUUUUGGAGAUCGUCUUGGAGCUCUAAUUGACACGAUGAGGGCAUUGAAAGAUUUGGAAUUGGAUGUUGCAAAGGGAACUGUUUCUACAGAAGGACCUGUCAAACAAACAAAAUUUUUCAUUACAAGAUUAGAUAGUGGUCGUAAAGUUGAAGAUCCUGAUAUGUUAGAGAGAAUUCGGCUUACAGUAAUUAACAAUCUUUUGAAAUAUCACCCAGUAUGUGUGCUGACUAAAUACUUAUCUCUUCUUCCCUCCUUCUCUCCACCUGUCUCUGUCUCUCUGUCUCUCUGUCUCUGUCUGUCUGUGUUUGUCUGGCUGUCUGUGUCACCAAUGAAGGGCCUUAUGAGAUUUGGAAAGAAAGACAAAUUGAGCUCUUGCAUUGUUGGACUGUUCGAAAUACUGGAGAGAAUUGGAACUACUGCUUACCGAUUGGCAUUGCCACCAGAAUUAGCUCACGUCCAUGUUGUAUUUUAUGUAUCCAUGUUACGCAAAUAUCAUCCUGAUCCAUCGCAUGUAAUUCAGUAUAAAGAGAUUCCUAUUGAGGAAGAUAUGUUAUAUCAAGAAAUGUUCAUAGACAUAUUGGAUAAAUAA